UGCAUUUAUUUUUGCGUCCAUAAAGAUUAUAAAGAGGCGAAGAAAAGUGCAAAUUAAGCUGAAAAUGUUGAUUAAAAUUCUAAUCGUUUUGUCUGUUUUUUGUCUCAUUGGGUCAAGUGGCAACUUUAUAAAGAAUGUUGAGAAAGAGAAAUCAUUGGACGAAUCAGACAGAGGAAACGAAAAUGAAGGUAAAGUUUCUAAGAGAGGUUUGGCUGCAGCUAUCCCGUUAAUAGAACUCGGGGUGACUGUCUUGCAGUCGGUGCUCGAGGCUCUUGGAAAUAUUGAAAGAAAAAUCGCAAUUGGUAUUGGUAAUAACACACCAUACGAAUGGAGAGCUGAUGGUGUCUAUUUUCGCUCUGGUACAUCUGAUGAAUUUCUUCCUGCUUCUGUGAGUUCAGACGAAGGCGCGAUAUUUCCAGCCAGAAAAACAAGUGGUCCAGUUGCAACAGGAGUAGUUGGCGUACUCUGUUAUUACAUUCCUAAAAAACAAAAAUCUUUGUGUGUCAUGUUCAGUGUACCAUUUGAUUAUAAUCUCCAUAGUAAUUGGUGGAAUGUGAAAAUGUUCUCUGGUAGGAAGUCUCCUGACCAAGGCUUGUAUGAAAACCUGUACUAUAGCAAGCCUUACAAAGGUGACAACAGAUAUCAUACGCAGAACCUUGGUUAUGGUUUCAUCAUGGAGGAGGGCAUCAUGAACAGCGCAGGGAAUGCUCGACUUUUGAUAAAUAUUGCUGAAAAGAAUUAACCUCAAGUCCUCAAUGAAAAUUCAAUAUAUUUCAUUUGUUAAAAAGGAAGAAAAAUAAAGCUAUAACUA